AUGACUGAUCUACAAUACCAGGACAUCAUCUCCAAAUGUACUCUGAUCUCUUCAGGACCCCCUGCUGUCUAUCAGCUGAGGACAAAGGAAGUGAAGUUUGGGAAUCUGACAAGAAAAACUGUUGGAGAGAAAAACCUGAACAAGAUAAACAAAAACAUCUUACUUGUAGGUGAAACAGGAACAGGAAAAUCUACUCUGAUCAACACUCUGUUCAACUACAUCAUGGGAGUGAAGUUUGAGGACAACAUCUGGUUUGAGAUCGUAAAAGAAGAAGAGAAGAGUUGUACGACACACAGUCAGACAUCAGAUGUGAUCGUGUACGAGAUCUUUGGUUAUGAAGGUAAAACUCUGCCCUACUCUCUGACCAUCAUCGAUACUCCUGGAUAUGGAGACACCAGAGGGAUUGAACAAGAUGACAUCGUUAGUAAAAGAUUAUUUGACUUGUUCCACUCAGAUGAUGGAGUUAAAGAACUUUCUGCAGUGGGUCUGGUGGUGAAGGCGAGUCUGAAGCAAGUGAGUGAUCGACUGAGGUACAUCUUUGAUUCAGUGAUGUCUCUGUUUGGGAAAGAUCUGGAUGAAAACAUCGUACCUCUCAUCACACACUCAGAUGGGUUACCACCUAAAAAUGCUCUGAAAGCUCUUGAAGCUGCAAACAUUAAAUGUGGCAAAAAGAAAGAGACUGAAGCUGUUCACUUCCUGUUCAAUAACUGCCAAAAUACACAGAGAACAGAAGAAACAAAGCCUCUUUUAGAGAACGCAUGGAGGAUAACAGAGGCAGGAAUGAAACGAUUCACAGACUUCCUGAAAGAAUCUAACCCUCAGAAGUUAGUGACAACAGUUGAAGUGUUGAGGGCACGGGUCACACUGACAGCCUGCAUCCAAAACCUGCAAGAAAGAAUCCAGCUGAUUGACCUGAAACAGAGAGAGAUCCAACAGACUAAAGAAGGUCUGAAGAAACAUGAAGAAGAGAUGAAGAAGAAUGAGAAGUUCACUAUAGAAGUUGAAGAGCCCUACAAAGAGAAAGAGCCUAUCAGUGGUGGGAUGUGGGGGUUGUUUUUUUAUAAAGGAGCCGUCACCUGUAACAUUUGUGAAGAGAACUGUCACUAUCCUGGAUGCACAAAGGCCUGGAAACCUGAACACUGUGAGAUCAUGAAAAGAGGUCGCUGUACAGUUUGUACCAAAAAGUGUCCUCUAUCAGACCAUGUGAAAGAGAAGUGGAUCUAUGUGAACAAAACCAGGAAAGUCCAGAAGACCCUACAAGAUAUGAAAGAGAAGUAUGAAAAGAAUAAGUCAGAAAAUGAGAAGGAGAAGAGCCUGAUGGAAAAUCUUCAAACAGGGAUGAAAGAACUGACAGCAGAGAAGAUAAAGUGGCUGGAUGAGGUCUACCAACAUGUGGAACAUCUGGAGCGGAUCGCUCUGAAUGAUAAUUCACUGUCCAUUCAUGUCCACUUGGACUUCCUGAUUGAGAAGAUGAAGGAGACAGGAGACACAGAGAAGGUGAAGAAGCUGAGGGAGAUGAAGAGACGUCGGGAUGAAGGAACUGUGACACAUACACUGCGGUCCAUUUGA